AUGCAUCUCAUGACAGCUUCACUUGUUGCCCUUGCCGCAAAGCUUGCAGCUGGGGCCGUAGCUGACGUCCUUCCCCGCGACUCCAUCCUGAACCAGAUUGCCUGGGUGGACCAACUGUACACGUUCAACAACCACGCCAAGGGCAACCUGUGCGGCGACACGCACGACUUGGAGAACCACUCGGGCGACAAGGACGCGGCCCUGUCGGUCGACUGCCUGGCCAUGCUCAACAAGAUCAACGACGUCAAGGACAAGGCCUAUUACUCGCUGGACUCCAACUGGCCGCAGCGCGCCGACAUCAAGACGGGCUUCGCCCCCCUGAUCACCGUGGAGACCUGCACCUUUAGUAUCCGGCCCACGUCGUUCAACGCCGUGUCGUAUGCCUACUUUGUCGGAGCCCAGGACAUGUCGGAUAUUCUGCACACCUUGAUCAAUCAAUAUCAGCAGGCGGACCACUUCAAGGCAAACGGAUAUAUGCCGUGCACGGAUAAAUACAUCAAGAUGCAAGGCGAUUACGAACUUGAGUUCAAGAUUUGGAACCCAAAGGCUCAAUGA